GGCAAAUCCGGGCCGCCCCUCCAGCGGGGCAGCAGGAGCGGGACGGCCGGCAGUCAGGACGGUGGUGACCUCCGUGACAGCCGCACAGUGCACGGGUACCGCGUCCGGUGUCACCGCUCCCGGUGUCACCGCCUCGAGGCGGAGCGAGGCCCUCACCCCCCCGCCCCUCGGCAGGUGCAGCGCCCCCGCCCCGGCCUCUACCACGGUGCGCGGGGAGGGAGCGGAGCCGGGCGCGGCGUUCCUGCCCGGCCUCUCCCGUCCGCUUCCCUUUCCCCUGGCCGCCCCACCCCGGCGUGUGACCGUGGAACGGGCCCAGCACGGAACCCGGCGGCGGUGGCACGGAAGAUGGAUGCGGCGGAGGCCGGCGCGGGCGGCAGGGCGGGCAGCAGCGCCGACAGCCUGGCCGAGGAGGAGGAGGAGGACGAGGACGAGGCGGGUCCCGGUAGCGGCCGGUCCAGCCGCACCUCGUCGCUGGUGAGCGGGCUGCUCACCGAGCUGUACAGCGCCGCCGAGGCGGCCGCCCCUUCGGGCAGCGCCCGCUCCCGCGCCCUCCGGGAGCUGCAGCAGCGGCCGAGCCAGGUCAAGUACCUGCGGCUGAAAGAUGUUGAUGAAUUAACAACUAUAAAACGAGAACUGAAUUACAGAAUUUCCGUUCAAUCAGCAAAGUUGCUCCGUCUUCUGAAGCAGAAAGACAGGCUUGUACAAAAAGUCCAGAAGAACUGCGACAUUGUCACAGCUUGUUUACAGGCAGUUUCCCAGAAACGUUGGGUUGAUACAAAAUUGAAAUUCACACUUGAGCCAUCUUUGGGUCAAAAUGGUUUUCAGCAGUGGCAUGAUGCACUCAAAGCAGUGGCCAGACUGCCAACAGGGAUCCCAAAGGAAUGGCGGAGAAAGGUUUGGUUGACCCUGGCUGAUCAGUACUUACACAGUAUAGCCAUUGACUGGGACAAAACCAUGCGUUUCACAUUCAAUGAAAGAAGUAAUCCUGAUGAUGACUCUAUGGGCAUCCAGAUAGUUAAGGACCUUCACCGAACUGGCUGCAGUUCUUACUGUGGCCAGGAGGCAGAGCAAGAUCGAGUGGUGUUAAAACGUGUUUUGCUGGCUUAUGCCAGGUGGAAUAAAUCUGUUGGCUACUGUCAAGGAUUUAACAUACUAGCUGCACUUAUUCUGGAAGUAAUGGAGGGCAAUGAAGGGGAUGCCCUGAAAAUCAUGAUUUACCUAAUUGAUAAAGUGCUUCCUGAUAGCUAUUUUGUCAAUAAUCUCCGUGCUCUCUCUGUGGAUAUGGCUGUUUUCCGAGAUCUUUUACGAAUGAAGCUUCCUGAACUGUCCCAGCACUUAGACACCCUGCAAAGAGCUGCUAACAGAGAAAGUGGAGGAGGCUAUGAACCCCCACUUACAAAUGUCUUCACAAUGCAGUGGUUUCUGACACUCUUUGCUACCUGUCUGCCUAACCAUACAGUUCUGAAGAUCUGGGAUUCAAUAUUCUUUGAAGGCUCUGAAAUUAUACUGAGAGUAGCUUUGGCUAUCUGGGCAAAGCUAGGAGAGCAGAUUGAGUGUUGUGAAACAGCAGAUGAAUUUUACAGUACUAUGGGCAAGCUGACCCAGGAGAUGCUUGAAGACAGUCUGAUUGACAGCAAUGAACUUAUGCAAACUGUUUACACCAUGGCUCAGUUUCCUUUCCCACAACUGGCAGAAUUAAGGGAGAAAUACACAUACAAUAUUACUCCUUUCCCUGCAGCAGUAAAAUCAACUUCAUUUUCAGGAAGAUUAGGCAGAACCAGAGACAGUGAUGAAGAGAAUGACUUAGAUGAUGAAGACUCAAUUGCUAAUGCAAUUGGUUGUCUUGGACCAUUAAGUGGGUUUUUGGCACCAGAGCUCCAAAAAUACCAAAAACAGAUGAAAGAUCAGAAUGAAGAACAAAGUCUUGGUUCCAGUAACAUUGCAGAAUUAAGCCCAGGAGCAAUAGACUCUUGUAGAAGUGACUAUCACACUGCUUUUAACAGCAUGAUGAUGGAGCGUAUGACCACUGAUAUUAAUGCACUGAAAAAGCAAUAUUCCAGGAUAAAGAAGAAGCAGCAACAGCAGGUUCACCAUGUGUAUAUCAGAGCAGGAUCUGAAGAUGAUGACCCUGGGGUUUUCUUAGGUCCCAGGGACCAACCAAACAAUGACAAGGGGCCAGUUACCAGCCUCCUCCCUUCUCAGGUAAACCAUUCCCCAGUGAUAAACCACCUCCUUUUAGGAAAGAAGAUGAAAUUGAAUAACAAGUCUCUCAAAAAUGCCGUUAUUCACAUCCCAAGCCAUGCUACGGGGAAGAUGUCUCCCAUUCCCCAAGAAGAUCUUAAAACAAAACUGAACUCUCCGUGGCGCACUCACAUACGAGUUCAUCGGAAGAACAUGGCUAGGGCAAAAGGCCAGCUGGGCUACGGGGAUACCGUAGGACUGAUAGAUGAGCAGAGUGAGAGCUGUAAAACAAAUAGCCCUGGUGCAAAAGAGGAGGCUUCCAAACAUUCUGGCUUUGGAGAAAGAGAAGAAGGUGGUUUGGAUGACAGGACUACUCAGAAAGCUGAGCAGCAGUCAUCUGAGCCAGACUCUACGGACAGCGGUACAAACAUGUCCGUGGUUCAGCUAAAACUGGAAGCACUGGAACUCACCUCAGAUACCCAAAGCGAUGUGGAGCCAACAUCCCAUCAGUCCAGCCAGCCACGUUUAUCAGAGUCUUCCACUUCAUCCAGAGACAGUGGAAACCUGGCUAAAUCGCCUCAGCCUGGGAACCCAAAGCCACAAGUCUUCAAUCCUUUUCCCAGCGUCAAGCCUCUUCGAAAGUCAGCUACAGCCAGGAAUUUAGGGCUAUAUGGCCCCACUGAAAGAACACCAACUGUACACUUCCCACAAAUGAGCAGAAGUUUCAAUAAAUCUUCCAGUGGCAACAGUGGGACCAGGAAACGAUGAUGUACUACCUGGUACUUACUAUUUCUGACAGCAACAGAAGAAUUUGUAUUGCCUUUUUUUUAAUGUGUGCAUGUGUAUGUGUGUCCCAAAGCAUUUCUAAUUGCAAAUUAAGUAACAGGGAUGAAAGUGGUUACCAGAUAUAUAAAUAUGUGUCUUUGAAAAUUGUACUUCUGUGUUAUGGGAUAGAUUAGUGAAGAUGCACUCUGGCACCCUAUUGUUAAUUAUGAUAGUCCUAUGUAAAAUAAACAUUAGUUAGCAAUGUAAAGCAUACUGUUUCUUAAAGUCUAACUCAGACAUUAAAUCACCAGCUGCCUUUAACCCCUCAGCCCCCCAUGGCUGCCUCCUGUCUUUCAGAGCUCAAAGGACAAAUUGUCCAGUGCAACAGACAGGUUUAACAGUUUUUGUGACUGUUAAGCAGCUUCCCCAUCCGACCUCAUCAUCAUACUCCAGGAGUAGCUGGAGAUGCCAUGACUAACAGAAGCACAAGCAGCCCUCACAAUCAAAAGUGUCGCUUUGUCACAUCUGGCUUCAGAUAUUCUUGAACAGCAUUUUGUGCUUCUCUUCCCACAGCAAUUCUCUGCUGAUACUAUUUUUAAUAUAAAUUGAAACACUGAGCAUGAGAACAGCAGACAUAAGUCCAUCCACAACACAGGUUUGCUCCUUCUCUGUUACAUGUGUACAUGCAUUUCUGUUACUUAUUGCUGGAGAGUUGCAGCACUGUAAAAUUAGUAAUUAGGUACAACUAUUUGUAUAGUUGUAUGAUUGUUAUUCUGAUGCAUCUUGGCUUCAAUGGAUUUAAAAGCUGUUACCUAUAUUAGACUUGUAGUUAAAAAUAUUUGCCAGCUUAGCAGUAGGUAAAAUAUAUGAAUGUUCUGAAGUAGUUUAGGGGUUUAAGUUCUAUAAAUAGAGUGAUUAGAUACUUAGAGUGCCACUUCCCAUUAAAAGCCAACACAUCAGCCACUAUGUUAGUGGGAUGUGCCCUCGGGCUUCCAUGUCUUGUUUCCUCUUUGGUGUGAAAGAAAGUGAUAAAUUGAGCAUUUAUUUCCAAAUCAAAAAGCAGAGCUGAUAAAUACCAUAAAUAUUUGUGUAUAUAUAUAUAACAGAGGCAGACAGAGAAACUAAAAAGAUAAUUCAGCUUCAGGAUUGCAAAAUCAAGUACUUAAACUCUAAGAAAUUCAGGUUGCUCUUAAAUCAUUGCAGCUCUGUGGAAUGUACUGACUAUGAUUCAUUACCUUGAUUCCAAGUUUCCUGUGGCAUGAAAGGGCCAAUAUUUUAAACUGCAGUAAUGAUGAAUUGGCACCAUUGUAUGCAAUGUCUUACUUGCUUUUAAAAAUUCUUUGUUAAGUUUGCAAAUUAUUAUAUCACUGUCUAUUAAUGUAUUCCAUAACCUAUAGUAUAUGACACCAGUUUUACUGUAUACCAUAACUUAUAAGCUGUACAAAAUACUCUGUUCAUUGUUGUGGGAACAGUUUUAUUUUGCUGUUGUUUCAUUUAAGUGUAUGCAUAUAAAAUAAUAUACAAGUAUGAACACUAUAAAUAUAAAAGAGAUGUAGAUCAGAUCUUGCCCCUGCCUUAUUUCCAGGCGAUAGUAGUAUUGUCACUAAUGAUUACUUACAGCACUAAGUAAAUUGAAAAUAAUGUAGAAUUUAGUUGCUGAUUAUAGACUGUAUGUGAAUUGUUUUUGCACUGAAUUAGAAGAAAUGGACUUCUCAAAAAUUUUCCUGUGAAUCAUCCUCCCAGUUUUUCUUAGCUUCAAUGUAUCACGCGGCUGUAUUCUGAACCCAUACAAAUAAAAGGACUGUCAGUCUACAAAACCUGCUAAAA